UGUUAGUCUCAGACCCUCACCACUCGUUUUUGGCUACGAAUGGACCACCACAUAUUUAUUGCAUUUCCCCAGAAAAGCUCCCCGGGACCUUCUGGAUGUUACAGCUAAUUUGUUGAUCUGUAUGGCGAAGAUGUUGUGGAUUUUUCUCUUGCAGCUCAUCGGCAGCUUUGCUGGGCUUUCUGAAGCUGAACAUGAGACGCUGUGCACCUCCAACGCCUGCUUCACCCUGCACAUGAACAAGGUACUCUUUGACAAGGCCGUUCAGAACUGUGACCACAAUGGAGGUUACGUGAUGACAGUGAGAGACCGGGAAGAAGAGGAUGUGCUCCGUCGGCUUCUCUCACGGAUCCAAAGAAAAAGUCAGGACAGGGCAUCUACAUUUUGGAUUGGAUUAAAACUGCACAAAAAGGACUGCGUGCUGCCUGACAAGACUCUGAAGGGGUUUAAGUGGGUGUCUGGGGAGGAAGAUUCCAACUACUCCAACUGGGAAAGAGAACCUGUCGAAACAUGCAAAGAGAGAUGCGUAAAAAUUCCUUACACCGAAUCAGGUCAGAACCAACUGAAAUGGGUUGACGGAACAUGCAAAAGCCCUGCUUUUUAUGCGUGUAAGUUUUAUUUCAAGGGGAUGUGCAAACCGUUGGAUUUGUUGGGGCCUGGAGAAAUAACCUACACAGCUCCCUUCUCAGAAAAGCCACAAAGAAGUGAAAUGGAAUCAUUUCCACUUGGAACAUAUGCUGUUUUUUCAUGUAGUGAGCAACAGUCCCAAUACUCUGUGUGCAUGGGGACGGACGACACCUAUAGUUGGACUGUUCCUGGUCCAUUUUGCAAAACAGGAAAGGAACACUGCGAAAUAAACAACGGCGGAUGUGAACAUUUGUGCCACCAGGAAGCAGAUGAGGUUAAAUGCUUGUGCAAAGAAGGUUACGACCUGGAUGACGAUGGAUUCACUUGCAGGGUGAAGGAUGUGUGCGGCGUUGGCACCUGUGAGCAUCAGUGCGUGACGACGGAGUCUGGGUAUUUUUGCAAGUGUCCAGAUGGGUUCAGAUUGGAUGCAAACCAGCAGAACUGCUCUGACGUAGAUGAGUGCCAGUCACAGACCUGUGAAGAUCAUGUGUGCGUAAACACACACGGAAGUUACACUUGUACGUGUCAAAGCGGCUACAAAAUGGUUGUCGGUACUUGCGUUGAUAUGGAUGAGUGUGUGCAAGGAAGAUGCGAACACAGCUGCUUGAACAGUAUUGGAUCCUUCUCGUGUUACUGCAAUGAAGGCUUCAGUUUAUCCGAGGAUGACCAUUCGUGUGAGGAGAUUGAUGAAUGCGUCAGUAGUCUCUGUCAGUUUGAAUGCUUCAAUACCAUCGGAAGUUUCCGGUGCACCUGCCCGAAAGGCUUCUACCUGGAGAUUGACGGAUCAACCUGCGCUCAGGAAGUGACAGCAACAUCACUGCCGCCGGACGAUCAGCAGAACAACGCAUCAUCAGUGACAGGUUUGGCUGAGUCUGUCAAUUCCAGGGUGAUCGUCUGCGUCCUUGGUUCAGUCAUUCCUCUGCUGCUUUUGGUCGCGGUGACAAUGGCUAUUGCAAUUAUUCGCUGCAAUCGGUCCAAAAAAGAAGCCAAGAAAAAUACAACUACCGAUGGCUACUGUUGGGUGUCCUCUGGUUUGGAUCCGCGUUUAGAGAAACUCUACGAGUCGAUCUUGACUGAUGACCUAUAGCAUGAUGGAGAACACUGACUACAUGGAUUCCCAUGUUUAUUUAUGUAAUUUAUGUUCUUGCGACCUCUCUUGGUUAGGCUAAUGGUUGGA